AUGGGUGAUGUCUGAAAGAGACCAGCAUGGAGAAUACGGGGCCCGACCUGUCUCAUCUUACUCCGGAAGAACGGGCCAUCAUCGAAUCGGUUAUGAUGAGGCAAAAACAGGAAGAGGAAAGGGAACAAGAAAUUCUCAGAAGAAAAGCGGACGAGGUCCAUAUCUUGGAGGAGACAAUUCGCGCCCGUAACGAAGAACAUAAAAAGGCGGGGGUCGAACUAGAGGCCACAUGCCACAUAUGUCUCAAAACUAAGUUUGCUGACGGGGUGGGACACAUUUGUAACUAUUGUUCUAUCAGAUGUUGCGCUAGAUGCGGUGGAAAAGUUACGCUUAGAUCAAAUAAGGUGGUUUGGAUUUGUAUCCUGUGUCGAAAAAAGCAGGAGCUGUUGAGUAAAACGGGGCAGUGGAUGUUUGGAGGCCCAAACGCCGAAACGGACUUACCGCAAUUACAACAAGCGCCAUCUGAUAAAAGGCCCAAAUUAGAAAGGGCGCACUCUGCGGCAGAAAAAGAAAAUCAACCUCUUCAAAGAGCGGGUAGCGUAUUGAGGAGACAAUAUUCAGAACAAGAGCCCAGGGCGCCGUCUUGCGAAAGGUACCAACAAUAUAACGAAGAGGACCCUAGGUUUUAUAAAGGAGAGCUGGAAGGACUGAUGAGGACACAUCCGCAUCUGGUACCAAGGAGGUAUCCAGAGCCUGAAUCAGAACCCGUUCAAAUGGACCAUUCUCAACAAAGGGUUCAAUCUAUAGCGAGCGGUACCAAGAAACAUAAGAGAAGCGGUUCAUCGAAAAAACAUCAACAACUCCCCCCACCCCAAGUACAACUCCAUACUUAUUCUAGUUCAGAAGAAGAUUUGAAAUCGACUCCUGAGUACGGAAGCGACGAACGCGACAGCGAAAAGGGUAAUAUUGGCAACUGGCCCCCCUUAAGCCAUUAUAUAGUUGCACCAGUACACCAACACAGACCUCUACAAGAUGUAACUGCGGAUAAUAGAUGUUUCACAGAGAGAAGAAAGAAAACUGUUCGUUUUGAUCACCACGAUAGUAGUCGACAAGGUUCACAAGAUUCUCACAGGGAUUCUGGUAUCGAUACAUCUUCCACAUUCACUAGUAGCGAGGAUUCGACCAGGGGGGACAUGCCCAAGCAUCCAUUAUCUUGGCAAGUUUCUGCUGAUGGUACUAAAAUUAUCGGUCACAUGAUUUUGAGAAGAAAUUCUAGAGAUACGUCCGGCUCUAGUGCCACCAUAUUAGGUUUGAAAAUUGUUGGUGGAAAAUUAUUAGACAACGGACUAACAGGAGCUAUAAUAGAAAAAGUUAAGAAAGGUAGUAUAGCUGAUGUGGAAGGACAACUUAGACCCGGCGAUGAGGUCAUCGAAUGGAAUGGUAGAUCGUUGCAGGGGAAAACGUUUAAUGAAGUGGCUGAAAUAAUAGCGGAAAGUAGACAAGAAGCUAAUGUAGAAUUGAUAGUUUCUAGGAGUAUGAGCAGCAGGAAGGUUGCGCAAGCCAAUUGGAGACAGUCAGUUGCUCAGAGAGGUCAGCAGACGUCUGUCGGUGGCCUUCAUCAGUGGCACCCUGAAUCGGAAAUAUACGAGCGUCCCCACGUGCUGGUGACGUCACCCGGCAGUCCGGAGCGUAGCCAAGAUACAUCUCGGCAGGCGCUGGCACCGAGCAUUGGGGGUCGGAUCCAAGUUAGAGUGGAGUUCGACCCCUCCGCGUUGCAGUUGUUAGUCACCAUCGUCUGCGCCGCUGGUCUAACUCCUAGAUCGCCUCAACAACCAAGAAAUCCCUAUUGUAAGUUGUUUUUGUUGCCGGACCGAUCGGAGAAAAGUAAAAAGAGAACGAGGACUUUAGCGGGAACGACGGAGCCUAUGUGGAAUCAGACAUUCGUAUACUCGGGAUUGAGGAGGGCGGAUCUUAGACUACGGGCUUUGGAAAUAACUGUAUGGGAUUACGUUAGAUAUGGAGCUAAUGAUUUUUUAGGAGAAGCAAUAGUUGAGUUGUGGCCUUUGGAAGAUCAGCCUACCUGGAGGACUUUAGGUCCGCAUGAAGAAAUUGUUUUGACACCUAGCGAACAUCUGUCUCCACCUAGUACGGGGUCCAGGUUUUCCGAUAGCGAUACACCAUCGGAGUGCGAUAUUGAAGGGGGACGAGAUCGACGAAACGCGGAUGGAGCUAGCGUGAGUAGCGUAGGUAGUUCUUCGAGUCCGCCGAGAGAAAGUGAAAGGAGAUCACGAAGAGAUCAAGAAACCAUGCAAGCAUAUCAUACGUAUAACAGCAGUAAGUCCGGAAUUAUAAGUCAUCGAUCACACUCGGCGGCACCGUGCGAUUCCCCAAGUGUCCAUUUAUCAAGAUCCCGUUCAAAAUCACCACGACGUUCGGCUACCGAUCACCGAUCACUAUCACCACCGGACGUCCGCCUUACCGAAUACACACCAACGACGUACAAAAUGUCGCGUUUUCAAUCUCGAAGCGCUACAGCGACACCUACCGGUUCCCCGAAAAAACGUCAACUUCCUCAAGUUCCGCAAGCACUGGCUCGAGCUUUACAAGAAAGAGUCGCUCAGGAUUUGGAAGGAACGAGCAUCAGUACGAAGAAUAGGACAAGGUUUAUCCAAACGUACAGAAGUACUGGAUCUGGUUGGGAAAGAAGAUAUAGUGGUUUAAGUGAUAGCGACUUGGCGAACCAUUCAAGAUAUAAUACAAGAAGAUCGUUUUCUCCCGAAAAAGAGCGAGAGAGGGAUCCUUUAGGGCUGGUGGAUUUCGAUAGUGAUAUGGAAAGUGUGGCAUCAGUAACUAGCAGCGCUUUUUCAACACAGUCAGAAAGACCUCGAGGAACAAGAGGAUUGGGCACUGAAUACGGCUAUAGGACGAUGAAUUCGAGAAGUACUAGAGACAGAGACCAUGAGCCCAGGGAACCCAUAGAGCCUCUGGAUCCGCACCAUAACUAUCAUUUGAGCAACAAUCUUCACCAUCAUCACCACCACCAUCAUCAUCAUAGAGAUGGUAGCGUCAAAAGGGGACAGUUCACCAGGAGUUUAUCGAAUACGGAACCGCCUAUGGAAGAAAAAACCGAUGGCAGUUUAAGCGAUACCGCCGUCAGCCACCUUCACGGUCUUGAAGUCCCUCAAAAAGACAUGAAUCGAAAAGACAGUCCUCGUGACAGAGACAGGGAUAGGACGGGUCAAUUUGUUGGUCUUAAUAAAAAGAGUAAUUCAACUAGCCAAUUAUCAGCAACAGGUCGAAAAAGAAGAAUGGGCUUCGGAAAACGAGGAAAAACUUCGUUUACUGUACUUAGAUCCGAAGAAGUUUUACCUGGUGAUGUCAGAUUAGCGAAGCAAGGAUCUUCUGCUUCAAGCGAUGGUGAAGGAUCAGCUGACGGUGACAGGUGGUCGCCUUCGUUGCGCUUAACAGCAGCCGGAGAAGGGCAACUGGCUGAAUUUAUAGAAGGUCUCGGUCCUGGGCAGUUAGUUGGAAGACAAGUUUUAGGAUCACCUUCGUUAGGAGAUAUUCAAUUAGCCCUUUGUCAUCAAAAGGGUUUUCUGGAAGUAGAAGUUGUUAGAGCAAGAGAUCUUCAAGCCAGACCAGGUUCGAAAGUUCUACCAGCUCCUUAUGUGAAAGUAUACUUAGUUAAUGGUAAAAAAUGUAUAGCGAAAGCGAAAACAACUACUGCAAGGAGGACCUUAGAUCCUUGGUACCAACAACAGUUAGCUUUUAAGGAAAAUACUCAAGGCUGUAUAUUGCAAGUGACGGUAUGGGGUGACUACGGUAGAUUAGAAGGAAAGAAAAUCUUCAUGGGUGUGGCCCAAAUAAUGCUCGACGACUUAAAUUUGAAAAAUAUCGUCGAAGGCUGGUACAAAUUAUUCGGAACGACUUCCCUGUGAGAAGAAUCAUCCUUCAUUUUUUAUAUAGAUAAGGAUUAACAAUUUUUCAAAAGUGCUUAAAAGACGCUACGAAUUAAACACCUUUACACGCUACUUUGUGAGUAAACAAAACUGAAAAAAAUAUGAAAGAAAACGUAGUGUAGAAAAAAGCCGAAAUAGAUCCAGAUUAGUGUAACCGAAAUGAACAGUGUAGAUACGCGCACAGCUCUAAUAUAAUAGUGUCAAAUAGUGUCACAGGAAAUCAUAACUAAGUAUGAAUUAUAUACCCAGAUUGUCCAGAAAAUACACAAGAUUAAAUCUUCAAUUAUCAAGAUAUAUUCACUAUUUUUAUGCUAUAUAACAACGAAAUACUCUGAUUAUUGUCUUUAAAAACUUUCUAUUCUCAACUAGACUGCCAUAUUUCAAUUUCAAGUCUAUUUGUCGAAGAAAACUAGUAAACUAAAACAUUUUCACGCAUAGAGCACGUGAUCAGGGUUUAAACGUCAGGACCGCACUUGGCACUUAAGAAAUAAUUUACAGAUUAACAAUAUUAAUUAUAAAUAAUAAUUCUUCUUCUUACGACGCUGAUUCGCUUCGGAAGUUUGCGAUACAAAUGGCUAUUGUCGCACGAGAAACCGCAGCUCUGAAAGAAAAUUUCUGUAGACGUCUGUCCGAGUCAUCUGCGCCUUGAUUGUCGUGAGUGCUGUAGGACCUCUAUGUUUGUCUUAUGUUUCGUCCAAGAUAUCCGCAUCAUUCGUACAUUUCGAACGCAUCAAUGUUCAUCUUUGUGGCCGCAUCCAUGGUCCAACCAAUUCGCAUCAGUCCAGAAGAAGCUUUCUGGUCCGGAGCUCCAAGCUGAGGUUGCGAUUUGCUAGAAGUGUCCUCAUGUUGUUCAAAGUUUUCCGCGCUUGCUCGAUUCUUGAUCUGAUUUCGAGUUUUUCGUCGUGUUGGUAUCUUAGAGAUGACACUCGUUCAAUGAUCUCUCCAUGGAGUCUUAGCGUGUCGUUUCUUUGUAGUUUUGUGAAUACCAUCCAUAAAUAAUCAUAUACAAUUAUUAUUACAAAAAUAUUAAAUAUAAACGUCUAUAUCUGCAUUUGCAUACCAGUGACAAUGUUUAUAUUCUACAUUUUGGCUUCAAACUGUUCCUGGACAUGCUCAAUAUAGUUUUUCCCCAAAUCAAGUGUAAUUCUCUAAUAGCUUCAGGAAAAAUUUGAGUGUAGUCACUUUAAGAAGAUACUGCCAAAAACUUUGUCUUUUUAGAAGCAACUUCAACGGUCUUGUCAUCAUUUUUCACAUUUCACAGGAGGAGUAUAGCUAAUGUCAACAAUUUCAUCAUCUUAUCUAACGGUUUCUUCAGAGAUACGGCGCUCGCCCGUCCCGCGCAGUUUUUCAUUUGUGGUGGACCAACAACGACCCGUAUUUCGUCCGGGAUGUUCUCGUGCUGAUUACAUACUGAUCAUUGUGUUGGUUUAUUAUUUUUCUCCGAUAAAUAGAUUUUAGCUGUGAAAUUGAAAUGUUUUUCGAACUUGUAAUGGUACUAUUACCAAAAUAUUUAAUAAUCAACGCAUCUUAACGUUAAAUUCAUAGUAAUUUUCAAUUUUAUAGUAAAAUUGAGUGAAAACUGUUGUUACCAUGCUAGAUUAUUUAUUUUUUCCCUUGUAACUUAUCCUUUACCUAUAUAAAUACGCAGUUAUUUAAUAUUCUCUUUGGAAUUUAUGUAUUAAAGCAGUUUCUGGUCUAUAAUUGUCCUGAUCUAGUUAUGAGCGAAAGGACCCUGCAAGACGUAAACCAAAAACACACAUGCAGCUAAAGACAGGAACUUAUGAGAAUUUCUUCAUGUAAAUUUCUUAUUUCUUGGACCUUUUGAUGUAUUGAUGCUUCUAAAUGUUUGGAUUUUGACGUUUCGUCUUUCUUUAAAAAAAACUAAUUUGUAAACGGAAGAAACCUAAAAGCAACAACAUUUAGAUUUAUUUAUAUGUAUAUAGCAUCUAACUUGGUCGUAUUGGAUUAAUUAAUGAUAUUAAUAGAAUCAAUAUCUAUGAUAAAAUCAGUUCAACGAAAUAGUAUUAAGUUCAAAAAUAUAAAAGAUCCUGUUGAUCUUAUUAUCGCCAAAGUUUAUCAGUAUUAGCAGUCUUUUUCGAAAUUUAUAAGCAUAAUUUUUCAAAAAAAAAAAAUAAUUUAUUCUGGACAAUCUGUAAACGUUUAAAGCGACCAAAUAAGAACAAUCUGAUAGUUUCUGAUCUGAAAUUUUUGUAUUAAAAUAUUUAGUGAAAGUAACACAUUUUUCAAGAUUUUAUGGUAUGUACAAUGUACACGUUUUGAGAAUAUCAUUUUGACUUUAUUUUCAAAAAGUGAAGUAUCAAGCUGACAUGUAGACAUUUUAUAUGAUUAUUAGUAAUUCAUUAUUCAUAAUUGAAAACUACAUUCAUGUAGCCAGUGUUUUUAGUCUUGCUUUUGGUUAUUUUGUGUUAUUUUGAAAAAAACUAUCACACAAUUUUUGUUCAUAACUUUAUUAAUAGUGUGUAAUAUUUUGUACUUUCUUUGGCGGAUUUUAAAUUAUUCAAAGGCAAAAAAUAGCCGGUUGAGUGAAAAUUGGCAAACAUUUUCUUAAUAAGAUGCAUUUGGAGAGAAAAACUGAAAAAGGGUUAGCGCAGGACAAAAAAAUUUUUAGUUUAAAAUAAGAGAAUUCAUUUCUUUAUUAUAAUUUGAAUACCGAAACUUUAAACUCAAAACUUUCUCAAGAAAUUGAAAGUUUAUUAAAUUUUCUACAAAAAAUAUCUCUUGCACUUUUUGCGUACAAUUAGUCCUUUUCUCACAAAACGAGAUUGAAACCCGGGAUGUGAGGCUUCCAAACUUUCUUAGGUCUACAGUUUAUUCUCCCACAUUUUGAAACGAAAAAUCUGGAAGAACAAAAAAAUUUCAAAUUGAGCAAUAAAACAAAACGUAUUUUUGGUGAUGCCCAAUUAGACCGAGAGCUUGAAAUUUACAAAAAUAUUUAUUCCAAACUUUCUUUAGUUGAAAAGCAACAAAUGCAUUAUGUUUCUCAAGCCUACAGUUUAUUCUCCAAAGUUUGGAAACGAAAAAUCUGAAAGAACCAAAAAAUUUCAAAUUGAGCAACAAAACAAAACGUGUUUUUAGUGAUGCCCAUUCUGAAAAAUUAGACCGAGAGCUUGAAACUUACAAAAAUCUUUAUUUUUCAUAUGAAAUGCAUAAUUAGAUUAGCUCCAGCAAGUAAGGCCUAUAACCUAUAAGUUUUUCUCAUGCGUCAGCAUUAUUUUCACGUCAUCUACUACGGAAUUUUUCGCCUCAAAUCCUCCAAUUCCCAAACAGGCUCCAGAUUAUCUGCUGAUUAUCCAAUCUAUCACAGUAUUAAACAAUAUUUUUCUCUAUUGAUCGAGUCAAAUGCUUUUUCAAACUCUAUAAAAUUCAACCAGAUAUCUUUAUUCUGCUCUUUCGUUUGUUUCAAUAUUAAUUAACCUGUACUGCGGUGGAUUUUCGAAAAAAAUUUAUUGGGAAAUGAGCUGGAGGUCUCGACAGGCAAAACAGAUUUUGGUGAAGUUAUUAAAAAGCCUGUUUUCAAUCGCGAUUUAUUAGAAAAUUAAUUAUACGCGAAAAGGAUAAAACUUCUUUUUUGUAGGAAAUUUAAUAAAUUUUUAUUCGGUAUGAAAAAUUUCGUCCUGUAUUCAAAUUAUAAUAGAAAAAAUCAAUUUUUAAUUUUAAAUUCAAACUUCAAGCAGCAAUUUUUGGUCAAAUAAUUUAUGCCAAACUGUUUUCACCCCAAAAUCUCAAUCUACUGUACUUAAUAAUGUCGAAUAUCGUGGUGGACUGUUUUAUUUGGCCCCCCUAUUUAAUUAAUUUAUUGUUAAUGUCUGUAAUAAGACUGAAUACUUCUGAAUAUUAUUGAAAAAUUAAUACAAAAAUUUCAUACGAAUCAUCACAGUCGCUUUAUUUAAAAAAAAAAUGCUUCAUUGGAAUUGAACUCGCUUUAUUACUUGGAACAUAUACGAGGACUUAAGGUAAUGUUGAUGAUUAUGUAAAAUAUAUAUUUAACAAAAUGACAUAGAAUUGUAUAUGAAACCUUUAAUGUAACAUAUAGAUAUACUUAAAUUGUUGAACUGCAUGUGAUAAUAAUAUUAUGUUGGCUGUUCGAAUUCCCCAAGCUUUUAAAGAAAAAUAAAAAAAAAUAUCCUCCGAUCCAGAAAA